UAUAUGGGUCACACCCAGGUGGGUGGACUAUCAAAACUAUUAUUGCCCAAUUUGUCGCAUUAUGCCAUUUUGUACUUGUAGUAGUCAUGUCAUGAACACAGCUCAUAUUACCUGCUUCUAGGAAAUGCAAAGGUUUCCAAGAAAUUAAGCCAAGAAAACCAUAUCCUGUGGACAUCGGCCUCUUGAAUUGAAUGUAUGAAUCUUGUAGAAAGAAUGAAUGAAACUCCUAGAACUGACAAGAAAAAGUGCCGAAUCAACUCAGGGGACCAGAGUGCUGGAUGUUAAUGAAUGGUAUGAAUCUGGUAGAUGAAACUUCCAGACUGAUCAGAAAGAGUCCUAAGUCGACCCCAGGGACCAGACUUUCCUCCAUGAGGACUGAUAUAUGCAGCAGUAACGUGGAACAGAAUUCCACCACCAGAAGUAUAUCAAAUAAUAACUAGCAGAAAAGUGACCCUUACCAGACCCAAGUCUAAUAACAUAAUGUAUUAGGACGAGGAUCUUACAACCAUUAGCAGAGGACCACCCAGAUUAGGCCUCGUCAACCUCGAACCAGCAAAGGAGGGGAGUGCGACACGUAGCUUCACCUGGGUUCCAUCAAAACCUUUGAGGAGGAAAGGUGAGAAUAUCAAACACAUGGUGAUGCUCCCCCGGAAAGUAGGCCUCUUCUUGUUUAAAACAAUAGAAGAUGGUGAAGAUAUUGGUUGAUUAGAGCAUUAUCCCUUACUCAGCCCCAUGUGAGACCCAAUGUUGUCCCCAGGGAAGCCAACACUUAGAAUACAGUAUUUUUGCCCUUAAUAAUCUCAUUGCCCACAUGCUCAACCAACACUAUAUUUUCCCAUUUGGUAAAAAUAUCUCGUCCCACAUGCUCAACCCACACUCCAUUACCUUUUCAUUUGGUAAAAUAACUCAAUCCCCACAUGCUCAACCAACAUCUUUGUUUUUCAAUUGGUUAAAAUAUCUCACCCACUGUGUGUAUAAUAUUAGAAGAAACCUAUGAUUGGACUUUCUCUGUGAUUCUUUUAUGGGCUUUUGCUACUUCUAUUCAAAGUGAUUUACUUGUUCUGAAAUCUAAACCAGUUAGCUGACUAGGAUCUUAAAUGGAAGAACUGAGAAAUGAACUGCAGUAUAGACCCAUUUUGAUAACAAUGGCAAGUGAAAUGAGAUAACCCAGUGGCUAAUUGGGUUGGAGUGGCCAUAUGCAUUUGAGGUGGCCUCACUCUUGCAGAAUCCAAAAUUGCAGAUGUUCAGUGAUGGUAUGAUGGGGCUCCACAGAUAUUGAAAUUACAUAUAUAGAUGAACAAAAAGAUUCAUUGCUGAUCUCAUAAGUAUCAAAUAUAUUUUGUUGCAUGUAGCUGCUCUUGUAAAGAAUUAUAUGGACAAACACAUGCCGGAUCACACAAAUAUGUUUCGCCAUUCUGCUCUAUCUUUAGGACUAGUUUUAUUGAAUCAUUGGUGUCGAUAUCUCUUUCUUUUAGCUACACAAUCUUGGCUUUUGGUACCUGUCAAAGAGGAGGAAUGUGUUAGGUUGGCGGGUCAUUGGACCACUGACAUUUCUUUCAUGAAAGCUUGUAGUACUUGGUAUUUUCUCUAUUUUACUUACUGGUAGGAAUAAUGUAGAGUUAGGCUUCAGGGUUGAGCCAUCUCUUCUGGCUUUACGGUUUACCGUUUGUUCACUUACAUGGUAUAAACAUAAAUGUAGGUCACAAGUCUCCCAAACCCUUUUUGCAUAGGAGGGAUGUCCAUUUUUUUCAUGACAUAGUUUUCAAACUAAACAACAAAUCCAAAAAAAAUGGGAAUGAAAUGCCUGAAGAGGGAACCCUAUCAUUUUCCCUGACAGCUGAAGUCCAAGACAACUUUCCCAUCCCUCUUGAAUUAUUCCAUAAAUUCAGUCCAGCGUAAAUGCAGCCUAUUCCACUGGCAGGACAAGCAAGGACUCUUAAGAGGCUCCAUAUCCUUCUUUGGGACCACCCAAAUUGAUGAACUUCAAGCUUACAAAUGUAUGGUUGAGAGAAAUGCCACCAGGGCUAAACACAGCAGUCUCUCUUAAUUAAAUCCGAGAUCUCCUUAAUCACCAGCACAUGAUCAUCAUAUAUAAUAAUCCCCACUAUCCCAAGAAUCACAAGCCAACUAGCCCCCACUCACUGCCUGGUUGUCUCACCAUUUUCCUUAGAUUCACUCCAACUCUCUCUUUGUCUUCAUCUCCCCAUAGCCUUGAAGGUGUUGAUCGCCAGGAAUCUUUUGUAUACAGACAGCACAGGUAGAUCUCUCAGUGCUGUCCAUUUGACCAAAGCAGUAGUCCUCCUCUGUUUCAGCACUAUAUAAUAGCUGAAAGUCUCAUAUUGUAGACAUGCAGAUCAUUCAAUGGCUCUUCAAGGUAACACAUGAACAACCCAAAGACACCUCUUCAAGGCUUACCAACAAGAAGGAAAGCAGUAGUGAUGAGGAAGCUAAAUCAAGGGGUGUAGUUCUGUUUAGGAAUGAAGGGGUUAACACCAAAAGAUUGAAAAGAGUGAAAGGACGGGACUUGGGUUACAACAAUUCAGAGUCUUAUGCUAUACUGUUUAGAAGAGACCGCGCAAGGGCCUGCUUCUAUCACACGCUCAAUUUGAGAAGACUGGGAAGUUUUCAUAAAAGGAAACCAAUGAAGAUGAAGAAAGAAGAUAUUGCUCGAGGAUUAGGCAUUGGUCUCAAGGGGGAUUCAGCUGCCCAUGUUGGAAAUAAGGUUCUGCCAAUUAGUGACACAACCUUAUCAUCCUCAACUAAUACAAAUGAACAGUGGGGCACUUCUGAAAAGAAAGAGAGGAUUAAGGGAGAUAAAACCAAAGCCAUUUCUAGAAUGAAGGAGCUUUUUAGAUGGGCUGCUGCUACCAAGUCUGAGAAGGGAGGAAAGUUCAUCGGUAGAAAGGUGCUACACUUUCGCAAUCGAGGAAGCCUCAAACCAGUACCAGAUGAUGACCAACUUAGCAAUGACUCUCCCAAGAUCAGUUUCAGAUGGGAAGUGGAAAGCUGCUGCACCACUUCCUCUGCUUACUCCGCAAUUUCAAUGGCUUCCUCUUUCUUGAAUGACCAGUCUGGGAACAAGCAGUCUAUCAGUACUACAAUUGAGGACAGUGAUCAUUGCACUUCUAGAUCAGGAAACUGGAUCACCACAGACUCUGAAUUUGUGGUGCUAGAGCUCUGAGGAAAAUGGCUGACAAAAGGGAGAUUGCAUGGCUGAAUCAACUGCUUAGCCAUUGUAUUAGGAUUAAUCCUAAAUGGGUGUUUGUUCACUUGUAAUUUUUUUUCCUCCUGAAAUGUAACAUCAGUUCAAGAAUCUGGAACAUGUUGUAUUCAAUGAACAUGGCCUACAUGGGCUAAUCUAACCAA